GCCAACACCUACCCUCACGCGCGCCCCGCCAUGUCCUGAGCGACACCGACGUGAUCGCAUUGCCACAUAGACUGCGACCUCAUUGGUUCUUACCGCAACGAAGCUGCGCGCAGUGACCGCGCCCCACCGCCGCCAUGGGUUACAUCAAGCAGAUCACCGUCCAGGGCUUCAAGAGCUACAAGGACCAGAUGCAAAUUGAGCCUUUCUCGCCCAACUGCAAUGUCAUUGUCGGUCGCAAUGGUUCUGGUAAGAGCAACUUCUUCGCCGCUGUGCGCUUCGUCCUUGGCGACGACUACAACUUCCUGAACCGCCAGGAGCGCCAGGCGCUGCUGCACGAAGGCUCCGGCUCGGCCGUCAUGUCGGCCUACGUCGAGGUCUGCUUCGACAACACCGAGGACCGCUUUCAGACAGGCAAGCCUGAGUUCUUCCUGCGCCGGACGAUCGGCGCGAAGAAAGACGAAUACUCGGUCAACCGCAAGAACGCUACCAAGGCCGAGGUCAUCCAGAUACUCGAGUCGGCCGGUUUCUCACGUUCGAACCCAUACUACAUUGUACCCCAGGGUCGUGUAACGGCGCUCACGAACAUGAAGGACAAGGCUCGUCUCGAGAUGCUGAAGGAGAUCUCUGGUUCCAACGUGUACGAGACGCGCCGCUCUGAUAGUCUGAAGCUGUUGACAGAUACGGAUAACAAGUGUACCAACAUCGACAGCGUGGUCGAGUCGAUCAACGAGCGUCUGGACGAAUUGGAGGGCGAGAAGGAGGAGCUGGAGGCCUGGAGCAAGAACGAAAGGGAGCGGCGGUCUCUAUUGUACACUAUGCACUCGCGAGAAGAGGCUGAACUCGAAGCCAAGAUCGAACACAUUGAUUCCCUCGAGCACCAUGGCCGCGAGAUGCGCGAAGACAAUGAGGAGACCUUCAGGCGGAAUGAGGACGCCAUUACCCGACUCGAAUCCGAGGUCAACCAGCGAAAAGGCGAUCUCGACAUCCUGCGACAGGAUCGGAUACAAUAUGAGGGUGAACGCAAGGCAGCUACCUUGGAGAAGGCCAAGAUUGAGCUGGACCUGAAAGCCGUACAAGACAGCCAGUCAUCUGCUCAGCAGAGCAGGAGCAGACGCGACGGUCAAGUCAAGACGUUGCAGCAGCAGAUCAGAGCUCGCCAGACCGAGCUCGGCCAACUCCUCCCGCAAUUCGAAGCAAAAAAGGAGGAAGAAGAGGCUGUUCGUGCACAGCUGCUUGAUGCCGAGGGUCAGUACAAGCGUCUCCAGGACAAGCAGGGUCGAACAGCACAUUACAGCAACAAGCGGGAACGAGACACAGCUCUGCGCACACAGAUCGACGAGACGAAUGGAGAUCUUAGCCGUCGGAAAGCUGUUCUGAUGCAGACGAACGAAGAGAUCACUGAGCUCCAGAGCGACAUCGAGCGCAUCGAGGGCGAGAUUGCUGAGCUGAGGCAGGCGAUUGACAACGAGGGCGACGCUGCUGUGGACCUCGCUGCGCAGCUCGAAAAGGCCAAGGAUGCAAAGAAGACUAUCGCCGACAAGCAGACCAGCCUUUGGCGUGACCAGAACAGGCUCAGCAGCCAGCUCGGGAACGUGCAGAAAGACCUCCACAUGGCAGAACAGACAUUCUCGCGUCUGCUUGACCAUGGUACCAGCCGCGGUCUCGAGUCGUUACGGAGGUAUCGCAGAGAUGGGCUGCAGGGAGUCCACGGUACCAUUGCUGAGCUUCUUCGGGUGCCCGAAAACUACCGGUCGGUCACAGAAAGCGCCGCCGAAGCCGCCCUCUUCCACGUUGUUGUCGAAGACGACACUGUGGCGUCUAAGAUUAUGGACCGUCUUACCAAGGACAAGGGCGGUCGUCUUACAUUCAUCCCCUUGAACAGGAUCAGCGUCCCGGCCAACAAUCUGAGGGCGACAGAGAACAUGCAACCUCUGCUUCCGAAGCUCGUAUAUGAUGAUCGCUUUGAGGACGCCUUCAGACACGUCUUUGGCAAAAUUGUUGUCUGUCCAACGCUCGACGAAUGCAAGCGUAUCGCCAAACAGUACAACGUUCGAGCCUACAGCCCAGAUGGAGACAACGCGACAAGGAAGGGUCAGUACAGAGGUGGUUUCCACGAUCCGUCUCGGUCGAAGAUCAUGGCCUUCAGCGCUGUUGCUGAGAAGCGUGCACUACUUGAGGAGUUGCAGCAGAAGAAUCGCGACAUCGACAAACAGCUGGACUCCAUCAAGCAACAACUUACUGCGGCACAGAGUGAGCUGCUCAGAAGACAAAACGACCAAAGACGGGGAGAGACUAGCUACGCGCCUAUGCGGGAGGAAGUUCGAGUGAAGCAGAGCCUAUUGCAAGAUGCACGAGAUACGCUGGCGAAGAAGCAAAGAACAGCCACAGAUCUCGAGGCUGCCAUCAAUCUGCUCGGAGCACAACAGAGCGACUGGGAGGACGAAAUUGCUUCAAAAUUUACAAAGGCGUUGUCGAGCGAUGAAGAGCAGAUGCUGGUUACAUUGACCAGCACCGUCAAAGACCUCAAGAAACAGUAUGCGCAAGUGAAGCAAGAGCGAGCUGCGAUCGAGACACAGAAGAUCGAGGCUGAACUCGAGCUGAACCAGAGCUUGCAGCCCGCCCUGGAUGACUUGCUCGCUCAGCAAGGAGGUGCAGGAGGCCCCGUGGCCCAAUCGACAGGUCUGCGAGAAGCAAAGCGUUCCUUGGACACCAUCAACAAGACCAUCGCCGAUCUGGAUCAGCAAAUUAAGGAGACCGAUUCUCAGAUCGACGAGAUUCAGGCUCUGAUGGAGCAGCUGGAGACCGAAAGGAAUGAGAAGGAGCAGAACAACCGUACUCUUGCUGCUGCUAUGGAAAAGCAGGAGAAGUCUUUAUCGAGGAAGGAUGCAGAUCGCAGUACCUACACUGCGCAACUCACCAAAGUUCGCAAAGAAAUUCGAGAUCUGGGUACGCUACCCGAAGAUGUUGGUCGCAAGUACAGCAAGUGGAAUAUGGAGAAGAUCACGAAGGAACUUGCAAAGACCACCCAGGCUCAGAGGCAGUUUGCUCACGUCAACAAGAAGGCUUACGAACAAUACGAGAACUUCACAAAGCAACGGAGAACCCUCACAGACCGCCGCGCUGAACUCGACUCGUCACGCAAAUCCAUUGAGAACCUCAUCGGCGUGCUUGAUCAGCGAAAGGACGAAGCAAUCGCCCGUACCUUCAAGCAGGUGUCCGCCGCCUUCAAGAGUGUCUUCCAGGAACUCGUUCCCAUCGGCACAGGCCGUCUCGUCAUCAACCGUAGAUCAGAUGGCGCCCAAGACGAGGCUGACAGUGAAGACGAAGCCCCCACACAAGCAGCCAGGAAGAAGGGCUCGAAGAUCGAAGAAUACGUCAGCGUCAGCAUCGCCGUGUCAUUCAACUCAAAGCACGACGAGCAGCAGAAAAUCGGCCAGUUAUCUGGUGGUCAGAAGUCGCUCUGUGCACUUGCGCUCAUCUUUGCCAUCCAGCAGUGCGAUCCAGCGCCUUUCUACCUCUUUGAUGAGAUCGACGCCAAUCUCGAUGCCCAGUAUCGCACAGCUGUUGCCAAUAUGCUGCAGAAGCUUAGCGGCCAGGGCGGCCAGGAUGGCAAGGGCGGUGGACAGUUCAUUUGCACGACGUUCAGGCCAGAGAUGGUGCUUGUCGCCGAUAGGUGCUACGGCGUAACAUAUACAAACAAGACAAGUAGCAUCGACGUGGUGGAUCGCGAAGAUGCGCUGGGCUUCGUAGAAGGCAUGCAGAAGUAAUUGUAAGAUGCAGUUCAACGAGUCUCCAAAUACUGGCUUGUUUUCCACCGCAAUCAGGAUAGUGGCGUUCUACAAUACCAAUGGUCUCAUCCUUU